CAUUCAAUUUUUAUGAUGCACGAUGCAAAGAAUUCAAAAAUAUUUAAGUACGAUAAAACAAAAUUAUUAAUGUAUUAAUUUAAUUAUUUAAUAAACGAGCACGACACGCAAGUGAUAUAAAACUCGAUCUUUGAAGUAUAUACAAGUUUUUUGAGAAGAUUGAUCGACAGAUAUAAAAACGAGAAGAAUGAAGUGAAACAGCAGUCUUAUUGAACAGACAUAAGAAAAAGGAGCAAAUUGGUAUUGGAAAAAAAACCCUUAUUUAAUUUGGGUUGAAGACAUUUAAUAUUCUUUCGAUAUAAAAAGAAAUCUUAAUUAUUAAAAAUAAAUUUUACGAGAACUAAUCUACACAGAACCUGAAGAAUUGAAAGAUAAGUCACAAUACCAAGUGUUCAUUAUUGUACAAACAGAAGAAUUUUUUAAUUAUUUAAAUUAAGCAAUAAUGGCUAAAAUAUUAUCUUUACUAAAAACGAUACGAAAUAAUUGGAAGAAAUCUAUGUUAGGAGCCGCAGCUUUCUCGUAUGGAAUUUCAUACUGCAAACAAACUUACGAGACUGAACAAUUAAUGCGUCAGUGUUGCGAAGAUGUAGCUAAGUAUGGAGAUGCCUCUUGUUCUACAAAUGUCAAGCCUCGUCAUGUAACUGUUAUUUUAAAUCCAGCAGCUAAGAAAAGAAAGGCCAAGAAGUUGUUUGAGAAAUAUUGUGAGCCUUUAUUGCAUUUAGCUGGUAUUUCAGUGACUAUUAUUGACACACAAUCAGGAAGUCAUACACGUGGUAUAAUAACUAAUAUGGAAAGGCCCACAGAUGCUAUUAUUGUAGCAGGAGGAGAUGGUACCUUGUCAGAUGUUAUAACUGGCUUAAUGAGAAAGUAUGAGCAUAAUCUUUAUUCAGUUAAACAAUGUCCUGUUGGUGUUUUGCCAUUGGGAAGCACAAAUACAGUUGCAAGUAUAUUUUAUCAAGGAUAUGAAGAUCUAGCUGACAUACAUCAUAUGAUUGAUGCAACAAUGGCAAUUAUUAAGAAUAACUUUAAAUCAAUAGAUGCCAUUGAAAUUAAAUUAUUGAAUAACGAUCCAGAAAGUCCUAUAAGGCCAGUUUAUGCUGUAGGAGGCAUUGAAUGGGGAGCUUGGAGUGAUACGCACGCACGUAUUGAUAAAUACUGGUACUGGGGUUUCUUACGCAAAUAUGCAGCUUAUGUAUUCUGUGGUUAUAAAUCAGAUCUGACUUGGAAAUGCAAUGCAGUGAUGAAGUAUACAAAUCCUUGUAAAGGAUGCUCACGUUGUUAUUUUGAACAAUUGGCUUACAGUCAAUCGAAUUUGAAUAGAAGGUGGUGGCAUGCAUUUUUGCCAAAGAGGCAAACAUUUGCUUCUGAUAACCACAUCGAUUAUAGUAAAGUAGUGAAUGAAAACUGUGGCACAUUUUAUGAGAUACCUGUUUCAACAACAGAGUUGCGUAUAAAGACAGAAAAUGUAAAGAAUAUAUCAGUUCAAUCAACGCCUUCGUUAAAGAUAGCUCUAGGCCCGGAAAGCAUUAGCUAUACAACAUUUGUUGAAAAAGGAUGGAAACAAGAAAUGGAUAACGAGCUGCCGGUAAAUUCAAUAUUGGAUGUAAAGGAUAUUGAAUUAUAUCCUACGGAAACAAAUGAAGAUCGGAUGUUUUAUAUUGAUCAUGAAGAAUACGAAGUGAAGCCAAUUCAAAUCAGAUUACUGCCACAAUCUGUAACAAUAUUUUAUCCUGAAACAAACAGUUAACAUGUAUCUAAUAUAUAAUACUUAAAGAUAAUUCAAAAGUA